UCCUUCCUUCCUGUGGCGCCUGCUCGCUUCGAGGUAUGGGGCAGCGCCUCCGGCCCGCCAGCACCACCUGAGGAUCCCGGAAGUCGCCCCGCAAUGGAAGACGACCAGGAGCUGGAGAGGAAAGCAAUAGAAGAACUGCUUAAAGAGGCAAAACGUGGGAAAACAAGAGCAGAAACAAUGGGACCUAUGGGCUGGAUGAAGUGUCCUCUUGCUGGUACAAAUAAGAGAUUUCUAAUUAACACAAUUAAGAACACACUGCCCUCCCAGAAAGAGCAAGACCACGAACAAAAAGAGGGCAGUAAGGAACCUGCGAAAAGCCAGGACCAGAAGGAGGAAAGCCGGCAGAAGCACAGAACCCACCCGUACAAGCACAGCGUCCACGCUCGAGGCCCUGCCCGUCAUUCUCCGCCGGGGAAGCGGGGCAGCCCAGAGAAGUCCCAGAAGCGAUCCAGCAAGCGGUGAGGCAGGGACGCGGGGCGAGCGCGGGCGUCCCAGCACCCGGGCCUGGGCUGGUGCAGAGACGGGGCUGAGGACGGGCCGCGCUGGCAGCGCAAACACCCAAGAGGGAUCUUCCAGCAGGGCCGCUGUUGUGACAGCGGAAGAUCACCCGAGGCUCCAAGGAAGGAGUUCAAAGGGAACGCUCUGAAGAUGUCUUGGCAAGUUUAAGCUGCUUCAGCGGUGUAGUAUACAUAUGUAUUGAUUUUAUUCUAUCUUGUUUGGAAGUUGGUUUCAAAAUAAAUCUAGAACUUAACAGUUUUCAGAGAUUAUUAAAACUAGUUCCACUUA